CCAGUCUCCCUCCCACCCAAAUAUUCAACUCCAAAACCACCAAAGACCAUCCUCGCUUCUUCCAGUUCCCAGAAAGAGCGAAUCUUCCUCCACCGCACCAGAACAAACCCAAAGAAGCAGAAAAAAGCUAAUUUUUCCUCGGCCAUGGAUUCUCAAAGCAAAGCCAUCGAAUCCGCGAAGAAAUACCUGACUACCGCCGCCUCCAUCGCCGCCUCCGCCAUGCUCGCCCGCACCAUCGUCGACGAAUACCUCCCAUACGAACUCCGCACCAUCGUCUCCUCCGGAUUCGACAAGCUCUUCGGCCGCUUCUCCAGCGAGCACACCAUCGUCAUCCAGGAAACCGAAGGCCUCACCUCCAAUGAACUCUACGACGCAUCAAGCACUUACCUUCGCACCCGAAUUUCCUCCAACAUGCGCCGACUCAGAGCCAGUAAGAACGAGGAAAAGAACAGCAUAACUCUCUCCCUCGAUGACGGUGAAGAGCUCGUCGACGCCUUCCAAGGCGCCGAGUACAAAUGGCGGCUAAUAAGCCAGCAGGAGAAUCAAGGUGGGAAUCGCGGUGGGGAUUUCAGUUCAAACAGCGAAGUCCGCUGGUUCGAGCUCACUUUCCAUAAGAAAUACAAAGACGUUACGUUAGAUUCAUACCUUCCUCAUAUUCUGGAAAAGGCGAAGGAGAUCAAAGCAGCAGAUAGAAGGUUGAAGCUUUACAUGAAUGAGUACGAGUGCUGGAGCCCAAUUGACCUGCAACAUCCAGCAACAUUCGAGACGCUGGCAAUGGAAGCAGAUCUCAAGAAAACAAUUCUUGAAGAUUUAGCGAGAUUUGUUAAGAGGAAAGAGUAUUAUAAAAAGAUUGGAAAGGCGUGGAAACGUGGGUACUUGCUUUUCGGACCUCCUGGAACAGGCAAAUCGACCUUGAUUGCUGCCAUGGCGAAUUAUCUCAGAUUUGAUAUCUAUGAUCUGGACCUCAAGGAGGUUCGAAUGAACUCUGCGCUGAAGAGGCUGCUUGUUGGAAUGACGAAUAAAUCACUGCUUGUUAUAGAAGACAUUGAUUGUUCGGUUGAUUUGAAGAACAGGGAUGAGGAUAUGGAGAAUGAAGGCAACAACAAGUCUCAUGAUGAUGAGAUAAGCCUUUCUGGAUUGCUGAACUUCAUUGAUGGGCUGUGGUCGACAAGCGGAGAGGAGAGGAUCAUCGUGUUUACAACUAAUUAUAAAGAAAAGCUUGAUCCUGCAUUGCUGAGACCUGGAAGGAUGGAUAUGCACGUAAAUAUGGGUUAUUGUGGGCCAAAUAGUUUCAGAAUUUUAGUAUCUACUUACCAUGCCAUUGAUGAGCAUCCCAAGUUUGAGGAGAUUGAAGGGUUGUUGAAAGAGGUGGAGGCCACGCCGGCUGAAGUUGCAGAGCAAUUGAUGAGAAGCGAUGAUGUUGAUGUUGCUUUGGAGGGUCUGAUACAACUGCUGCAUGGAAAGAGGGACGAAGGUCAGGGAAAUAAAGGAAAUAGAGAAUAUGAUAAGGAUGAAAAAUUGGUAGUUGUGGAGAACAAGGAAGAAGGAUUGGAGAGCAGUGCGGAGGAUCUUGAAACUGAAAAAUUAAUUGUUGGAGCUGUAAAUUGCUAAGAGAAUGACUAAAUCUGUAAUGUUAUUUUGAGGCCAAUAAAAUGGUUAAUUAUUUUCGACAUGAAAUAAGCUAAAAAUUAGAUUUUGA